AUGAAGUCCUGGUUCCUUGCCCCUGACUUCACCUUCACCCCCGACGGACCCCUCCAGCUUGGCGCUGUCAUCCCUCAUCCCAGUCGUCCGACCCAGACCCUUGCAUCACCCCGCACCGACGCAAUCACGCUCCCCGAAGUGCAAACUCUGCUCGAGACGAACCAUACUCACUCGGACGAUGUCACGCGCACAGCUGGUGUCAAUCUCUUUGCUAAAUUCGUAGAGCUUGCUUCUGCUUCUAUUGGCUAUGAGACUAGUCGGCGUAAUGCGCUGGCAUAUGGGACUGUAGAUCAUGAGGUUCGGUCUUUAGCGGCACCGUUUACGAGGGAGUUCCUGCAGAGCAUCGUCGACGCGGAGGCUGUUAGAGAACAUAUCGACUCUGGAAUGUUUGGGAAGCGAGCCGUUUACUUCGUUUCUGGGCUCAGAGUCGCCACCUCGUCUUUUACGGUCACGAAAGAGAAGGGGAUUGGACAUAAUACCUCACUGUCCGGUUCAGGCCCAACAGGUCCUGUUCCCGUCGAAAUCGGCGGCGGUAUCUCUGGCGGAAAAGAGAGUUCAAAGACCGAUUCAUACGAAACUGCACCAGGCAUCAUCUUCGCUUACCGUCUUCACGCCAUUCGUGUUCGUGGUAGCGGCACCGUCAGCUCAGAGAUGUUUUCGAGCAGAAAACAAUUCAUGUCUGGCCGACCAGUCCCUGAUCCUGAGCCCUUUGAGGUCGUUGAUGUUGACGCUGAAGUGUUGAAGGCUGAUAGGAAGGAGGAGGAAGAUGCGCCGAAGUAUGAGAUGGAAGACCUUGGAGAUGAGGAAUACUGUUUUUUGGCGGAGGCCUAG